GUUGGCUGUCUACUGUCUACUGUCGCAGUUCGCUUCACAGUCAUUUCGUAAUCAGCAUCGCUAAAAGAAGGAAGUGCAGCCAUGGCGCAGGGGCUCAGAGAAAGAUUUGAAAAGUUUCUCCAUGAGAAGAAUCUCAUGACAGAUUGUCUGGCAAAGAUCGAGGCCAGAACCGGAGUCAGCAGGACGUACAUCUCUCUGGCUGUCAUCGGUGUCAUCGCAGUGUACUUGGUCUUUGGCUACGGAGCCUCCCUGCUGUGUAACCUUAUCGGCUUCCUUUAUCCAGCCUACAUAUCGAUUAAGGCGAUUGAAAGUGCCACCAAAGACGAUGAUACUAAAUGGCUGACCUACUGGGUGGUGUACGGACUCUUCAGUGUGGCAGAGUUUUUUGCUGAUAUCUUCCUCUCCUGGUUCCCAUUCUACUACAUCGGAAAGUGUGCCUUCUUGGUGUGGUGCAUGGCUCCAACUGCCUCCAACGGAUCAGUAACCAUCUAUAACCGCAUCAUUCGACCAUUUUUCCUCAAGAAUGAAGCCAAGAUUGACGACGUGGUGAAGAACAUCAAGGAUAAGGCGUCAGAAGCUGCUGACAAGAUCAAAGACGAGGCCAAGAGAGCCACAGCAAACAUCAUGUUUGAGGAGAAGAAGAGUUCUUAAGAUGAAGGCUUCAUGUCCCAGUGACUCUGGAGCCAACUGUGUUACAGAAGUAAUGUUGCCUUGAAAAUGUUUGUCUUUCUCAGAUCCAUUUCAAUACUUAAUCUUAAUAUUCAUCAGAUGUUAUACGUGUUACGUGUAUAAAUUAAAGCCAUUUCACAGGUCAGUUUAAUUAUUUAACUUUGCCUUCUGGAGGGCUAUAAGACAACUGUAUCCUGGCCCUGAUGCUCUUUAUGAACCAAAUAAAAACAAACUGGCUGAAGUUUA